UCUAGCCAAUGUAGGGAGAAAUCAGGAAAAGGAAAAAAGGUUCUUUCUAACUAGCACGCCCCGCCUGGCUCCCUGCCAUAUAUACGCACGCCUGCUUAGCCAACGCUCAGACUACAGGCGAACUCAAGCAAGCUCGAGGUUUCCUCCAAGAAACACCUGCGAGCAAGAACCCAAGAGAGCAGGGCAGGAUUAGGAGGAAGAGGAGGCAUGGGGAGGUCGCCGUGCUGCGAGAAGGCGCACACGAACAAGGGUGCGUGGACCAAGGAGGAGGACCAGCGCCUGAUCGCCUACAUCAAGGCGCACGGCGAAGGGUGCUGGCGCUCGCUGCCCAACGCCGCGGGCCUCCUCCGCUGCGGCAAGAGCUGCCGCCUCCGCUGGAUGAACUACCUCCGCCCGGACCUGAAGCGCGGCAACUUCACCGACGACGACGACAAGCUUAUCAUCAAGCUCCACGCCCUGGUCGGCAACAAGUGGUCGUUGAUCGCGGGGCAGCUGCCCGGCCGGACGGACAACGAGAUCAAGAAUUACUGGAAUACGCACAUCAAGCGCAAGCUCCUCAGCCGCGGCAUCGACCCGCAGACGCACCGCCCGCUCAGCAGCGGCAACGCCGCCGCAGGCAGCGGGCUCACGACGUCUAGCACCGCCGGCUUCCCGUCCGAGUCCCCGGUGCCCAGGCUCGAGCGACCGGCCAUCACCGUCCCGGCCAAUGUGCUGUUCGCCCCGGCGGCGAGGCCGGCGCCGUCGGAUGACGGCUACAGCAGCAGCGGUGGGAGCACGGACGCGCCGCGGUGCCCCGACCUGAACUUGGACCUCGAAUUGUCCGUGGGCCUGCCGUGCUCGCCGCCCAAGACGCCGGCCGCCGCGUCGACACCCACGUCGCAGCAGCAGCGGACGACCAUCUGCCUGUGCUAUCAUCUCGGCGUCCGCAGCGGCGAGACCUGCAGCUGCAAGACCGCGUCGCCUGCGGCGUUCCGGUUUCUCAGGCCACUAGAGGAGGGACAGUACAUAUAGGCGUAAUUCACAGUAGUCAGGCACCCAAGAAAACCUGUAAAAAUAACAAAAGAGAGAUUCUAAUGGAGAUGACCGAUGUGAUCGAUGAGAGUUUGAUUUCU